AUGUCGGGAAUUUAUACCCAGGUUCGGCUCAGUGACGGAGUUAAACUCAAUGUCUGCCUCCUCGGAGCUGAGAACAAGUCGAAACCCUUGAUGAUCUCUCUUCAUGGCGCUCCAGGGCUCUCGUCACACACCGGCAUAAAAGAGGACUUCAAGUUUCUUGCAGACAGCUUCCGUGUUCUCGUGUAUGAUCUUCGAGGCAGUGGAGGCAGUGAGGUCAAGGGCCCUUUCACCGAUGAGCAGUGGGUCUCGGAUCUUGAAGAGCUCAGAGCUUGGGCAGGAGACGAAAAGUUUAUCCUUGCUGGAGGAUCGUACGGUGGCUUCCUUGCGCUGAACUACGCCCUCAACUACCCAAACCGUCUCCUGGCCUUGGUCCUUCGUAACACCUGGACAUGUGGCCCCCAGGGAACACACCGCGCACUGGCAGAUAUCCUCCUAUCACACCGCAUUAAUCCUGAUCCCAUGCGCCAAGUAAGACUCUGGACCGGCAACGUACGAGGCCAAGAAGACGCAGAACAAGGCAUGGCCGAGAUUGUCACCAUCUACACCCCUGAGAGUAACCCGGCGCCUGAAUCAUUUGAAGGUGCAAGUACCGAACUUCGUUGGGAGGUUCACAACGCUGCGUUUUCGUGGUCACAGCCUCGUUUUGAUGUGAGGUCCAGGUUGAUUGAGAUCAACGUUCCGACCUUGGUGGUUGUUGGAAGGCUUGACAUUAUUUGUCCCAUCGAAGAGUCUGAGAUGAUCUGGAGGCAUAUCAAGGGUAGUGAGCUUGUUGUCUUUGAGAAGUCAGCUCAUAAUCCUGCUACUGAUGAGCCAGAGAAGUUUCGAGAGGUUCUCUCGGACUUCCUCGGAAGGCUUAAGUGUUAA